AUGACGUCCUCUUUCUUCCGUUCUUUCAUUUUCUUUCUUUUUUAUUCUUCCAUUCUCUUCUCUCUAAUUGUCACACUGCUUUUUCUUUCCAUUUUUUAUUUCUUUAUUCUCUCUUCUUCAUUCUCUUUUAAAACUCUCUCUUUUUCUUCAUUUAUCUCAUUCUCUUUCAUUCUCUUUCAUUCUACCAUCCACUCAUCGACUGCAUUAUUUUUCACACUUCACUAUUUUUUCUUUUCUCUUUCUUUUUUCUUUAUUCACAAUUGUGUUUUAAUCGUUUACUCUUUCUCUCUCUCUUUCUCUGUUUCUUGUAUUUUACUCCUUCUUCAUUUCUCUUUCUCUCUUCCUCUCUCACCCGAUGUCUUCUUCUCCAUUUUUCCCGCCUACACUUUUCUUUAUCUCUUAUUUUCUACCUUACGUCUUUCGUUUCUCCUUUCUCUCUUUUUAAGUUCCUCUUUCGUUUUUCGUUUCUCUUUUCUCUUCCUCUUUCUUUCUCUCUCUCUCUCUCUCUCUCUCUCUCUCUCUCUCUCUCUCUCUCUCUCUCUUGCAAGUUUUAUGUCUCCUUCUCUGUCCCUCUUAUGCGACUAUAUCUAUCUCUAUCUUUCUCCCUUUCUGUCGCGGUCUUUCUCUUUCUCUCACACUCAAUCACUUUUUGCGCUCUUUCUUUCUUUCUUUCUUUCUUUCUUUCCUUUUUCCCUCCUCUCCUUUCUCUCCCUCUCGAAAUCCUAUUUGUCUCUGCCUGUCUCUCUCUCUCUCUGUCUCUCUCUCUCUCGUACUCUUUCCCUUUCUCUUUUCGCUCAUUCUCAUCCUUUUUCUCUUCGUUUUCCCCUUUCUUUCCUUCCCGCAAUUCACUCUCUCUCUCUCUCUCUCCCCCUCUCUCUAGUACUGUUUCUUUACUCUUUCACUCAUUCUCAUUUAUUUUCUCUCUGUUUUUCCCGUAUUCCUUACAUUAUUAAUUUUAUCUCCCAUUUCUCUCCCUCUCUUAUUCCCCUCUCUGUUUCUCUACCUCUUCCACUCCUCUCUCUCUCUCUCUCUCUCUCUCUCUCUCUCUCUCUCUCUCUAAUACAACUUCCCUUACUCUUUCACCCAUCCUCAUUCUUUUUCUUUCUGUUUUCCCCACUUUCUCUACGUUUAUUUAUUUUAUCACUCCUUACUCUCCCUCUCACAAUCCACAAUCUCUCAUCUUCUCUCUCUCUCUCUCUCUCUCUCUCUCUCUCUCUCUCUCUCUCUCUCUCUCUCUUCUUAUUUUUCACCCAUCCUCAUUUUCAUUCUGUUUUCCCCCUUUUUUUUUUAUUUAUUUUAUUCCUUAUCUCCCUCUCACAACAAUCUCAUCUUCUCUCUCUCUCUCUCUCUCUCUCUCUAGUACCUCUUCUAUUUAUCUUUCUCAUUCUGUUUUUUUUUUUAAUUUUUUUCCAUAUUCCCUACAUUAUUCUUUUUAUCUUCCUUUUCUCUCCUUCUCGUUGUCCAUUCACCUCUCUCUCUCUCUCUCUCUCUCUCUCUCUCUCUCUCUCUCUCUCUCUGGUACUCUUUAGGACAUCAACUUCAUUUUCCAAUAUUUCCCAAACAGGGAUAUUCCUUCAAGUUCUCAUCUUUCUUCACCCCAAUAUUUUUUUUUUCUUUUCUUUUAACUGGGGGCAAAUGUUUUCAUCUUUCCCAUACCUGGCACACUACGAUUUUUUCAUCACCCUCUACCUCCAAACUUAUUGCCUUUUCUUCUUCCCAUCCUUAUUUUUUUUUUUUUUUUUUUGUAUGUUUAUAUUUCUUAUUGGUUCAAGUUGCCAAAUAAUUCCGCCAGGUGUCGUCCCACAUUGA